UUUUGAAGAAGUGAAACAUCAUUCACAAACAACAACAUCAAAACCAUGCAAACCUCAAUUUCAUGAACAAAACCUCAACCUAGUUUUCUGUUUCCUUGUUGGAAAUCACUGUCUCCACUUUAACAACAAACAAAGAUUCAUAAAUCAAAAACAUUUCAUUUUUCAUUCCAAUUCCAACAUUCACUACAACUUCCUCACUUUCACUUUCUUCUUCAUAACAACAGUACUACUAAUUUUCAGUUACACUUUCUCUCUCUUCACUUCUUAGAGAGAGAAACAAUUUUCAAUUUCAAUUUCAAUUCAACGGGUCCUACUCUUGUUUAUGUUUUUGUUAGCAACUACAGUCUCUAUCAAUGAUUUUGAGUGCUGCUCUGCUUACUCUUCUAUCAUCAAUUCACCCACUCUUUCAAUAUCAUCAUUCUUCUUCUUCUUUCUUCCUCAACAUUUUUAUCUAGUUAUCUAAACCCUCUUCUUCAUCUUCUUCAAAUUUGUUAUCUUUUUCAUCACUUCAAAGAUUUUUCAAUUCGAAAGGCGAAAUCGGAUCUCUUUCAUAUGAGGAGACUUUCAUCUGUAACUGUUGUGGAUGUGUUUCUGGUACUUGCAUUGUUGUGUUGUAGCUCAUGGAAAGUGUGGAGCAACACACUUUGCAAAGAGACAAAUUUGGACAAAGUUAGGCCUCAUAGUGUCAGUAUUACUGAAUUCGGUGCUGUUGGAGACGGGAUCACGCUCAAUACGAAAGCGUUUCAGAAUGCGAUUUUCUACCUAAAUUCUUUCUCUGAUAAAGGGGGAGCUAAGCUUUUUGUUCCUGCUGGUCGGUGGUUAACCGGUAGUUUUGAUCUCAUUAGCCACCUAACUUUGUGGUUGGAUAAGGAUGCUAUAAUUCUUGGAUCAACGAACUCUGACGAUUGGCCGGUUGUUGAUCCUCUACCGUCUUAUGGGCGAGGAAGGGAGUUGCCGGGUGCAAGGCAUAGGAGCCUCAUCUAUGGAAGCAAUUUGACCGAUGUUAUCAUAACAGGUAAUGAGGGGAUUAUUGACGGUCAAGGAAGUAUCUGGUGGAGCAAGUUUAGGAACAAAACUCUGGAUUAUACGCGUCCUCAUUUGGUAGAAUUGAUGAAUUCGACCGGGAUUCUCAUUUCAAACUUAACCUUCUUGAAUUCUCCGUUUUGGACUAUUCAUCCGGUUUAUUGCAGCCAAGUUACAGUGCAGAACGUGACGAUUCUUGCUCCUCUUGAUUCACCAAACACCGAUGGGAUCGAUCCAGACUCUUCCGAUGAUGUAUGCAUCGAAGACUGUUAUAUAAGUACUGGCGAUGAUCUGAUUGCCAUCAAAAGUGGGUGGGAUGAGUAUGGAAUUGCAUUUGGUCGGCCCAGCACAAAUAUUAUCAUCCACAGACUUGUCGGGAAAACUCAAGUAAGCGCAGGAAUUGCUAUCGGAAGUGAGAUGUCGGGUGGUGUAUCAAACGUUCAUGCUCAAGAUAUUCGCUUUUACGAUUCAUAUACAGCAAUCAGAAUAAAGACUUCACCUGGCAGAGGUGGUUACGUUAGAAACAUCUAUGUCUCUAACAUGACAUUGGCUAAUGUUGAUAUCGCUAUUAGGUUCACCGGUUUAUACGGCGACCAUCCAGACGAUGGUUAUGACCCAAACGCUCUACCGGUAAUCGAAAAGAUCACAAUUGAGGACGUGAAAGGAGACAAUAUUAAAAAAGCGGGUCUUAUAGAAGGUAUAGAAGGCGACCAUUUCGUCGAUAUCUGCUUAUCAAACGUCAUCCUUAAUGUAAGCUCAAACUAUCCAUGGAACUGCUCUAAUGUUAGAGGCUACUCUGACACGGUUUCCCCGGAAGCUUGUGAGCCGCUCAAGGAACGUAUAUUCCCCGACCAUUGUUCAGACUGUUACCAUUUGUCGAAUCACCAACAAAGUUCAAACGAUAAAACAAGAGGUGGUUGGUUUAUGUCUUGGUAAAUUGUGGAGUUUAUAGCAUUAUCAUAUCAAAGCCGAAAUUUGAUUUGGUGCAGUUUUUUCAGCAGGACAAAAAUUUCACUUGACAUAAGAAGUUAAGUGGAGUUGCUGAUCUGUGAUUUGUUCAUCUGCAGAAAGGUAUACCGAGAGAGAUGAUUGUUUCGUGUAACGUUUGUGUGCAGCGACGAAUAAUCGAGUGAUUGAUUUAUCAGAAAAAAAAAUAGGAAGUUGAAUUAUUUCAUGUCUUUGGCUUUUGGAAAAGGAAAAAAAAAUGAAAAUUUUGUGUCUCUUUUUGGUUGUAAGGGAAAUAUGGUUAUUGUUCUGACACAGUUCCCUUUUGAUACAAUGUUGUUGGACAUUGAAGAUUUUGCACAAGUUGGAGGAUGGUGUUUGAUUGAAUAAGGAAUCCAAUAAACAAACUUCCUAGAAA